AUGGAUUUCUACAAUUGUGAAGAUAUUAGAAUAGCAAAAAAAAUACUUACCAGCGAUCUAGAUGCAUUAAAUCUAGAAAAAGAUGAUAAAAUAAAGCCAAACAGUUCUGGAAACUCUAAAAAGGACAAGGUUAGUGAUUUAAUACUAACAAUAAAAACUAUUCUGAGCAACAAAAUUGAAAGCAAAUUGCCUCAGUAUGCUGCUCUCAACCUUUUUAAAAUUCCAAGCUCAAAAAAAGCUAAAUUUGAGUCAAUUCUUGACGAAAAGUUAAAAAAAUUAGAAGAACUAUUUAUUGAAGAAAGAAACAUCUUCCGAGAAAUAGUAAAUGAUGCGGCUAUUAACAAUAGCCCAAAAGUAGAAAGAAAGCAGCAAUCCGAUUGCAAAACCGAAUCGAGCAAGCAAUCUGACUGUGAAUAUUAUCUCGAGAUGAAAAUACUCAACAUCAAAAACUUGUUCAUCUACCACGUUGCAACAUUCAUUUUUAGAUUUCUACGCAGCUCAACAGAUCCAUUCAACUCGAACACGACCUCUCCAUCCGGUGAAAGCAGAGUAGCGGGUGGUCCAAACGUCCCUCUAAUCGUCGGUCUUGUGGUCGGUUUGGGGGGCGGCUUGCUUCUCAUCGCGGCAUCCAUCGUUGGCUUCAUAUGUUUCAAACAACGACAGGAAAGAAAAAAUUUGGAGUUUGAUGCUGCCAACAGAAGAAUGGAUCGAACGAACGGAGGGUAUCUGCCAGAGGAGUACAAUGCUAGGGGUAAUCAUGACGACGACGAUAGGCCCAUCCCUUUGAGUGGACAUCAGCCCCCAUCCUUUCACGCCAACUCAUCAUCCUAUAAGAAAAAAGCGCACGCCAACUUGCUGCCGACAGCUACCGCAGACGACGACGAUGACGUGAAGAUCGUUGCUGGCUCAUUCAAAGAUGGCCAGGAACAUUUAAGCAAAGUGAGCAACAAAAAACUGGUCGUGAAAAGGUACGGCAAGCUGCCCAGCAUGCAGCAGCAGCAGCAUCGGCAACAGCAGCUGCAACGGCAUAUAGAUGGACGAAGACAGAGUGGACCACGCCUUAUCACUUCCAGUACUCCAUCGUAUUCAUCAGCCUCUCGCCAAAGGGACAGCAUCUACAUGAAUGACCAUUAUGUGACGCUGAAUAAAUAUUACAUUGAUCUUGCAUCAAACCUUCAAAAAGAUUCUGUUAGAAGUGCUGAGAGUAGCAAGAGAACUAAUGCCGUCCACAAGAACAGCGACGAUGAUGUUGAUGCUGAUGACGUCAAUUAUUACAUUAACGAUGAAACGAAUCUCGCGGAAACUCAACUGAAAAAUGAGUUGCAUAUUCAAUGGUUGAAAAAUUUAAAACUCGAUGACGCCUACUUCUCGGGGAGACGAGUGAACAACCCGAUUGCUGACGAGGCUGACGACGCCAUCACUUUCCACGACGGAUCCGUCAACAAGGGCUACAACUCCCUGACGCACCUAACACACGCAAAAAUAGAAAUAGCAAGCUAUGUGAGUGACCUAGCGUAUUGCAAUUUGAGUAGGCAGGCACUACUGAACAGCGAACACGAACACGGGAAUCAAUGCACACAUGCGUACACAGAACAUGGAGCGCGAGACAGACAGACAGACCUCUGCCUGCAUACGAAGCCGCUGACGUGUAUGUGUGCUGCAACGUACCCGCGCCGUUGUGGUGUGCCUGCCACCAAUCUGCUGAGGAAGGCCGUAGAACAUUAA